AUGGGUCGCAUACCCAUCUUUUUGUCCUUGCCGACCACUGCACUAGACACUAAAUAUUACUGGAGAAGCAUGAGAAAAACGGGCUUCCGUCCAAACGACAACCCCCCUCUCCAAUCCUUUCCGACCGUCGACGAGGAAGAAGAUUUUAUCAGCAUUGCGUUUUGGCGCCUGCCGACCCUGGAAGUAAUUGACUGCCCCAAGGUUACGUACGGUCUUCCCGGAAGCCUCGCAGCCUUUGUCGUUCCACUAUUCUGCACACGCUUUGAACUGCACGCAAUAUACGACCCACCGCAUCCUACCACGAUAGUGGACAUGGCUAGACAUACAUCGCUUGAAUCUGAGAGACCCAUCAUGGCCCAGUCGGCACGUACCUCCAAGCGGUUCUCGACCGUCAGCGAAGCCCCUACGGUCGCCUCGUCGGAAACCACCUUUGCAGGUCUACCGGCCGGAGACCCCAGACUGGCCGAUUUCCACAAUCUCCGCGAUGGACUGGAGCGCCUGGAAAACAAGCCCCUUCUGAAGCAACGUUUCGUUCCCACCCCGGAGAAGACCGAUAACUUGAGCAAGUUGGCAUUGGGUGCCAAGGUGGAGCGCGCCCUUGGACGUAGAAUGACCAGCCAGGACGCUGUUAUGCGAGAACCCGUGCUGAACGAAAAAGCGGUGGUGGAAGCCCCGUGA